AUGCUGGGAGCCAUCUGUCUCGUCGUGCUGCUGGGCUACGCCUACGGAUGCGGCCAGCCGGCCGUGCCACCACAGCUGGGCACCCGCGUGGUGGGCGGUGAAGACGCCGUAGCCCACAGCUGGCCCUGGCAGAUCUCACUGCAGUACGAGAGCUCUGGGUCUUGGCACCACACUUGUGGCGGGACCCUGAUUGCCCCUCAGUGGGUGCUGACGGCCGCCCACUGCAUCAGCUCUUCACUGACGUACCGUGUGGUGCUGGGCAAGCAGGUCCUGUCGGAGGAUGAGCCUGGCUCUGUGGCCGUGGGUGUGGAGAAGACGAUCGUCCAUGAGAAUUGGAACUCCUUCCUCAUCAUCAACGACAUCGCCCUGAUCAAGCUGGAAGAGGAGGUGCAGGAGAGCGAUACCAUCCGGGCCGCCUGCCUGCCCGACGCCGGCAAGAUCCUGCCCAACGACUACCCCUGCUACGUCACCGGCUGGGGACGCAUCAGGACCUACGGGCCCCUGGCCGAUGUCCUGCAGCAGGCUCUGCUGCCCGUGGUGGACUAUGAGACCUGCUCCCAGAGGAACUGGUGGGGCAGCAGCGUGCGCACCACCAUGGUGUGUGCCGGCGGUGACGGCAUCGUCUCUGGCUGCAACGGCGAUUCCGGCGGCCCCCUGAACUGCCAGCGCGAGGACGGGGUCUGGGAGGUGGAAGGGAUCGUCAGCUUCGGCUCCGGGCUGAGCUGCAACCUGAUCAGGAAGCCAACGGUGUUCACCCGGGUGUCCGCCUACAUCGACUGGGUCAACGAGAAAAUAAGCUCCAACUGAGGACUCGGCACGUGGAGAUUCAAGUGUUGAGUGUGAUAAAGGCAAAAGUGCUGA